AUGGUGCCUCCCAGCAGGCUGUGUGCCGGAAGCUUGCUCGACUGCCCGUGUGGGCACGCGGCGACCAUGUGUGCAGCCCUCAAUCGCUGCAUCUUCCAGGGUGCGGCAUGCUGCGCAAUUGAUGAGAAGACGUGUGUCGUCGCGGACUACGCUCCUGACGGGAACAUCACAGGCUCUCGAGAGAUCUGCUGGGCAUCGACCGCACCGUGUCCCUGUGGUGCAAACACAGAGCGCUGCCCCGGAGCAGACCUUUGCCUCCCUGCGUUGCAGAAGGCUGCCGUGUGCCCCUGCGAGCAUUGGCAGAAAGCCUGCGAGAUAACGGAGUACAGCACGGCAGGCAUACCAGAGAUGACCUGGAAGCUUUGCGUGGACAGGGAAGCGCCUUGUCCGUGCGGCCAGAAUUCGCUGCGCUGCCCAGACCCACUGGAUGCUAACGGCAGACUGUGCGUGGCAAACGUCAUCAGUGGCAGUGCAAAUUCAUGUCCGACGCCGUGCUCCCAAGAAGAGUUGGCUCGAGGCAGCCAGACCUGCGUGCAGAUUGACAUCCUCUCCGAGACGCUGCACAUCCGAAGAACAAGUUGCCUGCCGUUCGGCCGUUGCGACGCCGGCAUUGGCAUGAAGAGCUGUCCCUCUGGCGCCGCUCUACCUGUCUGGCAGCCCUGUCAGCUCGGCCGUGCUUCCAGAGGUAACACCAGUGUUGAGGCGCUGGAGGUUGCAACGGCGAUCAUACCGAUGGACCGGUUGCAGCCGGGUGCGAUGGAGUCUUUAGCCGCGGUGGGACUUGAACUCCGAUUCCUCCUCGAAAUCCCAAAAGAGAUGACAACGGCCACCAGUUUGAAUGUGUCAAGCAAGAUCCUUUCGUUUGCAGUCACCGGCCCGGCUCGAUCAGGACAGCUCGGCAGUGCUGAGAGGCGUUUGCUGGGCAGUGCUGAGAGCACCUGGGAGGAUCCCAGCGACCUCAUCUUGCGCUUGAGGGACAAGGCAACUCGCAGAAGCCCCUCGUUGUGGCAAGUUCUGGACCCCGUCGGUGUACCUCUCGCCUUUGCCAGCAUCAGCAUUGACACCCAACACGUCUCGAGGGUUGCCAUCAUUGAGAAGGAAGUGGACGACAAGGAGGCAGAUGUCGUUGUCGUUGUGGUCAUAGCCUCGCUGUGUUCGACCUUGCUUUGCAUGGUGCUGGGCUUUGGUCUGUUCAAGCGGUUCAUGAACAAGUGCGGAAGUCCGAACAAGAUGGGUGCGGGCAAAGCUGACUGCACUCAGGAUUUGCAGGACAUUUGCAGGGCUCGCGUGUAG